AUGGACCAGUUCCAGAACACGUCGUUUGCACAGAUGUUGCAGGCGCACGCGGCACAACAGCCGCAGAUCAACCUGGAGAUUGACAAGAAACGAAUUGACGUGCUGCUCAAAAUCAACACGGUCCUGCUCCAGAAGUGCCUGCUUCUCCAGCCCUACAUCCUAAACAAGUCCAACUCGAUGAACCCGGACUACAACCAGAGAAAAGAGACGUACCAGAAUUAUCUGAAGCGCAUCCACUUUAAUCUCACAUGUCUGGCAUCGAUCAACGACAUCCACUCCACUCCGCCUAACAUGCCUAAGAAAAACUACAGUAUCCCGCAAAUAGUUCUUCCGCCGCCAGAGCUGCCCGAGCUCAACGAGCCUUACAAGCUUCUCAACCAGCUAUAUCCCGAAGCGUUGCCAUUUUUCCAGAGACGCAUGGAGGCAGCAAGACAGCAGCCGCAACAGAUGCAGCAGAUGCAGCAGAUGCAACAGAUGCAACAACGCCAACCUCAGCCUCCAACCCAACCACAGCCCCAGCCACAACCUCCGCAACAACAGCAACAGCAGUUCCAGUUCCGCAACCAGACGUUCCCGCAAGAGGAGCAGCACAGCCAGAUGAAUUUCGCCUGGAACUCGCCUUCCGACCUGCUGGCCCCGCGUGCCAAGCAGCAGCAGGCUCCCCAGCAACAGCACCAGAUGUAUUCGCAAUUUAUACAACAGCAGCUGAACCAGCAGCAGCAGAAUAUCCAGACGCCACAAACCAUGCAACCGCAGCAGAAGCAACCGCAACAGCAACCGCAACAGCAGCCCGUCUUCAACCAGUACACUCCACAGGACUUCACUAAUUUCCAGCAGCCCCAGCAGCCCCAGCAGCAGUCGUUCAACGGCAACAUGGGACAGUUUGAGACGAAGAACGGCAGCUCGGUGCCCUCUGCAGGCAGCUCCAUCAUGCUGAGUCCCGAGCAGAUCCUCGCGAGCGUCAAUAACCAGCAGUCUUCGACCCCCUUAGACGGAUGGUGA